AUGUCCGUGCAUCUGCGUCUGGACCGCGACACGUCCGUGCAUCUGCGUCUGGACCGCGACACGUCCGUGCAUCUGCGUCUGGACCGCGACACGUCCGUGCAUCUACACAGAGCCGUCACACAGAGACGGCCCGCCCUGACGGUGCGCUUUCUGACGAAACGGUACAUCGGCGAGUACGACCACCACGGCGACCAGCCGCCCUACAAGUACGAGCUGAUGGUGGACGGCGAGCCGGUGCUCUUCGAGCUGCUCGACACCUGCCCCAAGACUGCCGGCGAGAUGCCGUCGACCAAGACGCUGGACUGGGCGGAUGGCUUCCUGCUGGUGUACUCCAUUACGGACCGCGAUAGCUUCAGCUACAUCAAGCGGCUGCGUUCACACAUGGCGCAGUGGCGGCGGGAGGGCGGUCCGGCCGCCGCCGCUACCCCCAUGGUGCUGGUCGGCAACAAGGGCGACAUGAUCCACCUGCGGCAGGUCGGCAACGAGGAAGGUGUGUAA